AUGCCCGGGCUGCGCCGGGACCGCCUGCUGACCCUUCUGCUGCUGGGCGCGCUGCUCUCCGCCGACCUCUACUUCCACCUCUGGCCCCAAGUGCGGCGCCAGCUGCGGUCGCGAGAGGACCUGCGGGGCUGUCCCUGCGUCCGCCGCUCCUCGGCCUCCAUCUCCGCCGCAGCCCCCUCGGACCCCGGGCCUGCCGCGCGCAACUUUUCCCCAGCUGAGCCACGGGCUGAGCCUAUUAGCCCCCGCUCCAAGCUGCAGGCCCUCUUCGCCCAUCCGCUGUACCAAGUCCCAGAGGAACCGCCUCUCCGGGGACCCGAGGACGCGCUCUUGGCCAGCCAGGAGGCGCUGCGCUAUUACCGGAGGAAGGUGGCCCGCUGGAACAGACGACACAAGAUGUACCGACAGCAGCUGAACCUCACGUCCCUGGAACCCCCGCUGCAGCUCCGGCCUGAAGCCAGCUGGGUCCAGUUCCACCUGGGCAUCAACCGACAUGGGCUGUAUUCACGGUCUAGCCCCAUCGUCAGCCAACUUCUCCAGGACAUGCGGGGCUUUCCCACCAUCAGUGCCGAUUACAGCCAGGACGAGAAAGCCUUGCUCGGGGCAUGUGACUGUACCCAGAUUGUGAAACCCAGCGGCGUCCACCUGAAGCUGGUGUUGAGGUUCUCGGAUUUCGGGAAGGCCAUGUUCAAACCCAUGAGACAGCAGAGAGAUGAGGAGACGCCCGCAGACUUCUUCUAUUUCAUUGACUUCCAGCGACACAAUGCUGAGAUUGCAGCGUUCCACCUGGACAGGGUCCUGGACUUCCGACGGGUGCCACCCACAGCAGGGAGGUUAGUGAAUGUCACCAAGGAAGUCCUGGACGUCACCAAGAAUGAAAUCCUGCAGAGUGUUUUCUUUGUGUCUCCAGCUAGCAACGUGUGCUUCUUCGCCAAAUGUCCGUACAUGUGCAAGACCGAGUACGCCGUCUGCGGCAACCCUCACAUGCUGGAAGGCUCCCUCUCCGCGUACCUGCCAUCUCUCAACCUGGCCCCCAGACUGUCUGUGCCCAACCCCUGGAUCCGCUCCUACUCGCUGGGAGGAAAAGAAGAGUGGGAGGUCAACCCGCUUUACUGCGAUACAGUGAGACAGGUCUACCCAUACAACAGCAGCAGCCGGCUCCUCCACAUCAUCGACAUGGCCAUCUUCGACUUCCUCAUAGGAAACAUGGACCGCCAUCACUAUGAGAUGUUCACCAAGUUUGGAGAUGACGGGUUUCUUAUUCAUCUUGACAAUGCCAGAGGGUUUGGACGACACUCCCAUGAUGAAGUCUCCAUCCUCUCCCCUCUCUCCCAAUGUUGCCUGAUCAAAAAGAAGACACUACUGCACCUGCAGCUGCUGGCCCAGGCCGACUACAGACUCAGUGACGUGAUGCGGGAGUCACUGCUAGACGACCAGCUCAGCCCUGUCCUCACAGAGCCCCACCUCCUGGCCCUGGACCGGAGGCUCCACAGGGUCCUCGAGGCUGUGGACACGUGCCUAAAGGCCCACGGGGAAGCCAGGGUUGUGGUCAGUGGCCCCACUGAGCCCUCAGCCCCCAACUCUGGCAGAGCUAAGUGGACAAGAUAGAGACUGCAAGAGUC